AUGCAGGUGAAAUGGGGACAUAAUUUUCCGGAGAAAAUCACACGAUUCGUGUAGACAAGUAAAAAUAAAAUGAAUAAAAAAAAUAUUGUUGGAAAUGUUCGGUCAUUUAAAAUUUGCUUUCAUCAAAUGUUAUAUUUAAAUAAUCAAAAAACUAUAGUAGGUAGGUACAUUCAGCUUACAGUUUGACACACAUAUUACUGGGACACUCCCUAUUAACCACAUUCGUACUAUGCUGGCUAGGGUAGUAAUUAUACAUAUUAAUGCAAUACGCAGAAUUGCAUAUAUUAUUUAGCGAUACGGACUCUGUCCUAACAUCAUACAAUGGUAUGUUUAAUUCUCUAUUGAACUAUGGAGCGCUUAGUUGGGGGAAUGCCUCAUAUUCUCACUUACAGAAAUUUUUUUUGAUACAAAAUUUAGCGGUUCGUAGUAUUAUUAGAACUAAGCAUGAUGAACACUGCCGGGAAAUUUUCCGAAAUCGUAAAAUAAUGACAGUAUUUGCAAAUAUGCAAAUGCGGGGAAAAACUUGUGUGAUUAUUACUGCACUUUAUUCAAUAUUUACGGCUACAAUGCAUGAGGGAAAAGCAAAAUGGUACUUCCAAGAAAUAGAAUUAAUGUAGCCAAAAGCCUUGGAGAUGGAUAUUAUAACAAACUUCCUGCGACUGUUUGCGGUACGCCGUUGGAGCUUCCUGAAAGCAAGGUGAACUCAAUAUGAAUAGAUAAUUUUGAUGAUUUUAAAAUCUACUAUGGAAACGUUUCUGUUACCUAGAUUCCAGAUCACUCUAAGUAAUUUUCGACGAAUUUUGAUGAAACAGCACUACUGGAGCUUUUCAGUUUUACAUUAAUAUAUAUUCGUGUUUAAUGUACUAUGUGUUAUAAUUUUGAUAUGAUGUCUGCGUUACAAUGUAUAUAGUCAUGCUUGAUGUAAUUCUCAUUUAUAUGUGUAUGCAUUGUUUUUAGAAAAUGUCUAAAUAAUGACUGCGGAUGGCUAAUGUAGGGGUAAGAGAGAAAUUGCGGAAAACUUUCAUCUUUACGACAUAACCCCACGAGACCCUUAUCAUGAUCCACCAUAACUUGAGCGCCAUCGGUUGUCAAGCCUGCCAUUUUCGAUAUUGGAAUUUUCUCAGAAGAAAUAAUAUUUUUGAAAGAAGAAAACGAGUCCUGC